AUGGUUCUCAAAAAUCUCGCCCAGGUCUGCUCGCACCUGCAGAACAUCUCUAAAGCGCGCAUCGCCACGACUUCCAUUCCCAUGACCAAGCUCAACCUCGCAAUUGCACUUGGGCUCCAAGAUCAAGGCUUCCUGUCCUCCGUGGCGAGAGGCAACCACGCCGGGCCCGACACCGAGUACACACCGAUAACGCAGGAGAACGUCGCGACCCGACGACUGUGGCUGGGGAUGAAGUACUACGACAACGAACCCGUGCUCUCGAAGAUGCGCCUGGUAUCCAAGCCGACAAAGAGGGUGUGGGUUGGCGUGAAUGGCCUCAAGAUGCUUACUAGUGGGAAGGAACAUGAGUAUGUCAAGCCGCUGCAGCCCGGCGAGUGCAUGUUCCUGUUGAAUGAUAAAGGCGGCUUGUUGGAGGCAAGGGAGGCCGUUGAUAGGCAAAUUGGCGGGCAGCUGCUGUUGAGGGUGCGUUAG